UAGUAUAAAAUAUUACAUUCAGCAUUUUGCUUUGUCACAAUGCGUACUUAAUAAAUUUGAUUUCCACAAACUAGAUGACAUUCUUUAGAGACUGCACCAAUGAUGAGCAUUUCUUUUUAGCACAAAUUAAUAUCGCACCGACAUCCUUGUGUAAUGUAAGGGACAUUAAAUGAGAAAACCCAGCAACCAUACAAGCACAUUUGUUGGAGCACAAUAAUAUCACAGACAACAAGCAGGACAAAAACUAUACAAAACAGACAAUGAAAAACAAAUAUUGAGCUUAUUAAAAUAGAGUCCAGGUCAGCAGACCUCCAUUCAUUGCUUGAGGGAAUAAAUGGAAGGUCUAAUUGUUGAUGGCUGAGAAAGUGGUUAUCAGUCUUUUGGUGUGACAUCCUCACAAGUCAAAUUAUGCAUGUUUCUUUGUGAAAAGGAGGUAGCGAGCAGGGGCUAUAUCCUCCUUUGGCAUUUUUUUUUUAAACCCCUGUAUCUCCUUUGUGAUAAUCAGAACCUCCAAAACUGAUACUGUUGCUUCAUCUUAUCUUCCAGUCACGUGCGGGUAUGUGUGUGAUCCUAUGGGUGUAAUUCUAAUUAGCAAGACAUCGUAUAGGGAGGAAAAUUAAGGUCAAAGAAAGGCAAUAAAGUUUAAGUGUGGAAUAAGAUGUAGCAGUUGUUGCUUUCUUUUUUAUGUUUGCUCAAUUUUUUUAUCAAUUUGCGAAAACUGGAAAAGUCGUCUGAUAGAGAUUUUCACAACAUUGGCCAGUCUUACACAAGGCACACUCUCAGUCAGACAUUUUGCGCUAUUGUUUGCUAUGUUGCUACACAAAUCAGACUUGGAUGCAAUGACAUUGUCAACCUAGUCCAAACGCAUUCAAUAAAUCUCAUUUUCAACGCAGGUGCCAUUUGAUAAAUGACCAAAACAAUAUGGAUGAUACAGCAGGUACACUUUUACACCAAUAAUAUUCAACAUGGCAAAGAGCAAAGCUAUUUCAUUUCCAAAUUAACAAAACUACACUUUUGACUUGACAUUUGACUUCAAUCAUUGGAGCGGCGAAGUGGCCCAUGAAUGGGCGAUGCUUUUAGUCGACACGGUCACUGAUGAUUGGCCACCAAGGGAGGCGACAAUAUCGUGCUGUUGAUAAAUGUGAAGUUUUGCGGGCUACCCUGAAGCAGUAGACACACUCUGUUGCUCCCACCCACACCAAUUUACAGAAGUUAAAAGUUCCUUUUUCACAGGCAAACAGUGAGCCUAUGCUUAUUUUCUAUUUGUAUUUGAUCCCACUGAUGGUCUCUUGGACUGAUUCAGCUCAGUAGCGUUAACUAUAAAAUAAGAGCAACAGAGGGACAUGUUUUGGUUAUCGUUAAAUGAGAGGAAAUUUUGAAACAUUGUGCAAUGGUGCUGCAAAGGUUUUGAAAGGUUGUGAGAGCUUUUAGUCCGCAAGGUGUCUUUGAGCCCACUCGUUGGAGAAGAAGCCCCCAUGUUGCAUCCCUACAGAAUGGAGAGUUAUCUCAUUGCACCUUCCUCUGAAGAAACGUAUGAUCCAGAGAUCUACAGACAUCAAAUUCCAGAUUAUUAUAGUCCAUAUGUUCUGGAUACAGAGAUGCAGGCAGAGCACUGGGAUUUUGUCUCUCAUACUCACGUAUACCCAAUUGAGUUUGAAAAUCUUCAAGAGACAAACUUCACAGAGUUGCAAAGUGUACAGUCUCUGCACCCGCCCGGUCUGAUCCGACACGAGGUCAUGCGCUAUGAUCCAGAAAAUCUACUGGAUCCAAACCUUGGGGCACAUUCUCACAUGUUGCAGCAACCAGUAACGUUCUUCCCACGGACUGCGUAUCCUACACAUGUGUCACAACACAGCACUGAUGAUGAAGAGCAUGGACGCCAAAGUCCCCCCCUGGAGGUGUCUGAUGAGGAGUGUCUUCGAGAACAAGUCCCUUACGUCAUGCCGGGAGAGAUGGGCAACAAAAAGAAGAUUCGGUUGUAUCAGUUCCUGUUGGACCUUUUAAGGAACGGCGAUAUGAAGGACAGUAUCUGGUGGGUGGACAGAGACAAAGGAAUGUUCCAAUUUUCGUCCAAACACAAGGAGGCUCUCGCACAUCGCUGGGGAAUCCAAAAGGGAAACCGCAAAAAAAUGACCUAUCAAAAGAUGGCGCGUGCUUUGCGCAACUAUGGCAAAACUGGGGAGGUAAAAAAGAUCAAGAAGAAACUGACAUACCAGUUCAGUGAUGAGGUCCUCGGGAAGACUCAUUUGGAGAGAAAGCCAUACAUGUAGGCAGAAGACUGAUGCAACAGCAGUGUUCACUUUUAAUAGUUGAUCUCUGAUGUAACUCGCACAUUAGCAUUCCUUGUAAAGAGUAUUAAAAGCAUCACACCCUUAAAACUGCUGGUUUAAACAAUGGACCGACCAAGGAAGUUGGAUCAAUUUGACCCAAGCCAAAAAAAAAUUGUUGUGACCCAGAAAGGUGGGUUGUUUUUUAACCCAGUAUUUUUAAGGGUGCAUGAAAGCUGUCCAGACGAACUUUAAUAGAUUUCACUGUUAUUUUGCAGCACAUUUAUUUCUCACAGCAUUGAAAUGCAAUGAAAAUAUUAGCCAAUGUCGGCCAUCCAUUUACAUUGCUUUUGCUAUUCACGCUCUAAAAACUACUGGGUCAAAAUAAGGUUGGGUCAAAUCCCUUUAUUUCUAUAAGUUGGGUCAAAUUGGCCAAACUUCAUGGGUCGAUCCACUUUUUAACCCAGCAAUUUUUAGGGUGCAUGGACAUGCAUGGGAAAGCUGAAGCUGGUAAAGUAUGUGUACAGCAAAGUUUCCGUGUGGAAACAAGGCCAUGCCUUUCUAUGUAACCUGUUAUUUAAAGACUAUAGAUUACAGGCUUGAUUUACCGAUAAGUUUGUUCAAAGUAAAAUUUUUGUACAAUAUUAUGAAACUGUAGAAUCACUGAAAAUGCAAUAAAAAUUUAUUCAGUUAUGAGA